AUGUCGAAGUCAUGGUUCUCCGCGCUGGCGGGCGGAGACGGCAGCAGUUCUUCGUCAGGCGGCUCAUGGCGCCGCCGCCCUCAUUCUCGGGGCCCCUCGGCAUCCACAGUGGUCGACUCCUCUGGCAAGGACGAGAUCAUCAUCUCCUUCGGCGACGAGGAGGACCAGGCGCCGCCGCAGGAGCAGCAGCCGAUCCUCAAAAAAAAGUUGGCAAGGCAGAAGGCCUACGCCUCAGGAAAUUCAAGUCUUCAAGUUGAGCAUUUCACUUUUUCACCAAGCAUAGCUGACAACAUACGGGAAGCAUCCUUAGUCAUCAGUCAUGCAGGUUCUGGCAGCAUAUUUGAGACGCUGCGACUGGGCAAACCUCUUAUCGUGGUUGUGAAUGAAGACCUGAUGGACAAUCACCAAAGCGAGCUAGCAGAGGAACUGGCCGAGAGGAAUCACCUUUUCUGUGCCCAUCCACACACGUUGCGGGAGACCGUCGAGGCGAUGGAUCUGAAGACGCUCCAGCCUUACGUGCCAGGAGAGGCCAAGCCAGUUGUGGCACUGAUAAACAGAUUUCUUGGUUUCCCUGUUGAUUGA